AUGGCCGAGGAGGAGCCACCCUCGGAGUCACAAGACAUAAGUGGCAACUUGGCUGCGUUCACAGAUGCCAGCGGCAAUUUCCUGUCCAUCAUAGGAGAAGCCCAGGACUUUGUACACCUGUCAAGAGGUGAAAAGGCAGGAAGAGAGUUCAAGGAGAAGGCGGGCAGGUUCCCGUUGGGGCCUUUGGUGGAGGAGGUGGAGCACAAGUCCAGCCCCACAGUCUGGGUGACCGUCACCGCCAUCUCAGUGGAGACGCCGGGGGAAGUCCUGCGGGCUGCCCGAGGCCGGAGCGUCACCCUCCCCUGCACCUACCGCACCUCCGUCCUCGAGCGGAAAGGAUUCAUCCAGUGGGACAAGCUGCUGUGGAGCCACUCGGAAAGGGUGCUCGCCUGGACAUUUUCGACCAAAGAAUACAACUACGGUAAACUUUAUGAGAACCGUGUCAAGCUGUCGGGCAAUGCCGAGGAGUCCGACGCCUCCAUCAUCAUCAACCAGCUGACCAUGGACGACAACGGCACCUACGAGUGCUCGGUCUCGCUGCUCAAUGACCUGGACGGCACCUCCAAGGCCCGAGUCCGCCUCCUGGUCCUGGUGCCACCCUCCAAGCCGGACUGCAGCAUCCUGGGCGACACGGUGAUUGGGAAGGACGUCCAGCUGACCUGCCAGUCGAAGGAGGGCUCCCCGGCCCCGCAGUACCGCUGGCAGAGCUUCAGCCUCCAGAACCAGGAGCGGAAGGGCCUGCCAGGCGCGGGGCACACCCUGACGCUGAAGAACAUCUCCACGGACAUGUCCGGCUACUACGUCUGCACCUCCAGCAACGAGGUGGGGACCGAGUCCUGCAACAUCACCCUGACCGUCAGGCCUCCCUCCAUGAACGUGGCCCUGUACGCGGGCAUCGCGGGCGGCGUGGUGGCGGCCCUCAUCAUCAUAGGCGUCCUGGUCUAUUGCUGCUGCUGCCGGGAGAAGGGCGAAGAGGAGGAGACCAGGCCGAAUCGGUCCAUCUACCGGGAGCCUCCAGAGCAGCUGAAGGAACUGCCCAGAGGGCGGGAAGAGGAGGACGACUCCAGGCGCCAGUCCUCUGACUAUGCUGCCCACGUGUGACCGGGGCCUGCUGCAGGGCGGGCAGGGGCAGCGGUUCUGUCCCGCCCACCACCACCCCUGCUCCAGCCGCUUUCCUAACACCCUGCCCUCCCCUCCCCCCCCGAGCAGCACUGAUGGUGCUUCCUCCCCAUGGCAGCCAGAGGCCCUGGCUUAGCCUGAUGAGCCGAUGCCACCUGCCAAGUGAGCCCUCCCACUGCCAUUCCCGGCUCCCAGGGGCCAGGCCGCAGCCUCCAUCUUCCUCCAGCCGGUGGGACAGCAGGGGCUGCCCGCUGACGAUGUGCUGGGCUGCAUAUCUGGCGCCUUGGCCAGACGGGUCAUGCUGUGCUGUCUGUUCCUAGAACACACAGAUAGGAAGGUACUGACAUCAGG